UGUACGGGGUGAGGGAAGUCUGGGUGUCCCUGCUCAGGCAGCUGCCCCCACGACCCGGCCCGGGUAAAUGGAAGAAAAUGGAUGGAUGGAUGGAAAAAACAAAAAACAAAUGGAACACCAAGUUAUUGUACACUUCCCAGGCCUCAGCGUACAGAGCUAUUCAAAAUUUUGAUGGACGUGGGUGCGAAAGAGUAUUUAAUACUGUUAAAUUUGCAUUUGGGGAUUCUGUACCUUCUGACAGAAGGUAAGAGCUCAUGUUCCGUUUGAAGGAUGUGGGACAGGUCCGACAAUACCCCCUGCGCCUAACUGAGUGCAGACUGCUCAUAGGUGGACUGAAGGGAGAGCUUGUCAGUCCUCCCCAUCACCUUAAUAGCAGUCUGUACCAGGCACUGCAAUUUAGAUUUGGACUGCGUGGAGAGACUGCUGAACCAUGCCGUCAUCUCAUACCUGGUGACACUCUCCAUCACUGCCUGAUAAAAUAAAAACGUGAUAUUCUGGCUAACACCAAACACCCUCAGUCUGCAUAAAAAAAUACAUAGGGAACAUACACAGUCUACAUGAUCACACCAGCUGAAGAGGUUAUCUAGGUGGAUACCCAGAUACCUAUAAGAUGUGACCUGUUUGAUCUCCUCCCUGUGUAUGGACAGUGGUGUAUGAUCCCCCACCGACCGAGGGUCAAAAACCUCCGUGAAGUACAAUGACGGGUCAGAGUUCUGGUGAAACAGGCUGAGAAUGGCAGUGUUAUCAGAAAAUUGAAAAAACAGUCAAAUCAUUGAGUUUGUUUGCUUUACUCAGCUCAUCACAUGUUAUGAGGCACUUUCUAUGUGUUGUCAUGUUGGUAACAGCUUUCAUGGAGUUUUUUAGAGUCCAUAGAAACAAAACUCUGUUCUAUGACAUCCCUGUGUGUCCUCCUUGCCUCUCUUAAAGACUGAUUAAGCUCCCUUUGCACUGAUUUUAACCCCAUCCUGUCAUGAUUCCUAAAAGCCAUUUUUUUCCAGUUGAUACAGUCCUUUAACUCCCUGGUGAUGUAUGACUUAUUGUUAGGAUAGACUGUAAUAUCCUUCUUGGUGGCCACACAAUCCACACAGAAUUUAAUAUACUCUGUAAUAGUGUCAAGGGCUUCAUCAAUACCCAAAUUGUGCUGUUCUUUGAUGGAAGUAAUGCAGUUUCUCACAUGGAAUAUCCUUAAUUUCUCAAAACACAAUAAUAGACUGACGAGGUUUAGAAGAAAGCUCUUUUUUCCUGGCCAUAUUGAGACCACCACCCAAAAAAAAUGCUGAUGCUCCAGAUAUUCAAUUUGCCUUUGGCGGGCCAAUUUCACUACUUCUUUAAUCAAUUAACCAAUUUUCAACUGUGCUUAUUAGUUGAACAUGGGUUUCUGACCAUUAAUUACCCUUUUAACACAACAAACUUGGAUUAGCCACUGGACCAUGGAAGUAAUAGGUGCUGAAAACAGUCCUUUGUACACCUAAAUAGAUAUUUCAUUAAACAAAUCAUGGAUUCCAAGCUAAAAUGGUCACGUACCACAUCAAUUUUGGAACAUAAUUUUUUUAGUGGAGAAAAAAAGUUUCCUUUUCUUUACAAAAAAAAAAGAAAAUGCACUGCCAAAUUUGGCUACAAGAACUUCAUGAGUUAUUAUUUCAGUUGCAUACACGGAAAAGGGUUUGCAAAAAAACUGAGUUUCGAUUGACCUCAAUCUCCUCAUUGAAUUCUGUUGCUCAUGACAACCAUAAUGUUUUAUGACAACAGCAUGUACAUAAUAUACACUAUAUUGGCAAAAGUAUUCACUCAUCCAUCCUAAUAAUCUAAAUCAGGCGUUCCAAUCAUGGCCAUGGCCAGAGGUAUAUAAAAGCAAGCACCUAGGCAUGCAAACUGUUUCUACAAACAGUGUGACAGAAUGGGUGGCUCUCUGGAGCUGAGUGAAUUCUGGCAUGGCACUUUGAUAGGAUACCACCUGUUCAACAAAUCCAGUCAUGAAAUUUCCGCACUCCUUAACUUUCCACAGUCAACUGUCAGUGGUAUCAUAAUAGUGGAAGUGAUUAGGAACGACAGCAACAAACUGGUAGGCCAAGUAAAAUGACAGAGCUGCUGAAGCGCAUAGUGCGCAAAGGUCGCCAACUUUCGGUAGAGUCAAUCACUACAGACCUCCAAACUUCAUGUGGCCUUCAGAUUAAUUCAAGAACAGUGCGUCGAGAGCUUCAUGGAUUGGGUUUCCAUGGCCAAGAAGCUGCAUCCAAGCCAUACAUCAGCAAGUACAAUGCAAAGUGUUGCAUGCAGUGGUGUAAAGCACGCCGCCACUGCACUCUAGAGCAGUGGAGACGUGUUCUCUGGAGUGACGAAUUGUGCUUUUCCAUCUAGCAAUCUGAUGGACAAGUCUGGGUUUGGCAGUUGCCAGGAGAAUGGUACUUGUCUGACUGCAUUGUGCCAAGUGUAAAUUUUGGUGGAGGGGGGAUUAUGGUGCAGGGUUGUUUUCAGGAACUGGACUUGGCCCCUUAGUUCCAGUGAAAGGAACUCUGAGUGCUUCAACACACCAAGAGAUGUUGGACAAAUCCAUGCUCCCAACUUUGUGGGAACAGUUUGGGGAUGGCCCCUUCCUGUUCCAACAUGACCAUGAACCAGUGCACAAAGCAAGGUCCAUAAAGACAUGGAUGAGAAAGUUUGGUGUGGAUGAACUUGACAGGCCUGCACAGAGUCCUGACAUCAACCCGACAUAACAGUUUUGGGAUGAAUUAGAGUGGAGACUGAGAGCCAGGCCUCCCUGUCCAACAUCAGUGUGUGACCUCACAAAUGCGCCUCUGGAAGAAUGGUCAAAAAUUCCCAUAAACACACUCCUAAACCUUGUAGAAAGCCUUCCCAGAAGAGUUGAAGCUGUUAUAGCUGCAAAGGGUGGACUGAUGUCAUGUUAAACCCUAUGGAUCAAGAAUGGGAUGUCACUUAAGUUCAUAUGUGAGUCAAGGCAGGUGAGUGAAUACUUCUGGCAAUAUAGUGUAUCUCUGGAGACUUGUUAAUGCUGCAACACUCAGAUAAGGGGAAGAACAUCUCAGAGAUGUUGCUGUCUUAAGACACGUUAUAUGAUGAAGACAUCCUCAGGUGAGAGAAGUUAAUUUUAUGUCACGAAUGUCAGUUGAGUGUUCAGUAACAGUGUAAAGUGUCUCUAAGUUGUGGUUAAGAUUUUAUCUAAAAUUUAAGACAUUUACAUGUUGUAUGUCAUUCAUUUUACCUUCAGAGACUUUUAACACAUUUUAUUCUGAUUGACACUGAAUUUUUUGGUGCUUGUACAUGUACAUGCUACUGUACAUGGAAACGUUUCUUAUGUUUUCUUUAAAAGGUUUGCUACUGGCCACAUUUGCAAAAUGCAGAAUCUGACUGAACUUUCAGGCAAUGUAACAUCCAACAACAGCCUGUCUGUGAUCAUUAAGGUGUGUGUUGUCAUCCCUUUUUUCUGUGUCUUCCUCUGCUGCAUUGCUGUCAUGCUGCACAUCUUUGCAUCUCACAGGCAGUUCAUGGACACUUCACGUUACAUCCUAUUUGUCUGCAUGCUGAUCAAUGACACCCUGCAGCUCUUGUCCUCUGUAUUGCUCUUCCUCUUUUUCAUGGGAAGGGUGAAAUUAGCUCUUGUCUACUGCAUUCCCUUGCUGAUCAUAUCCACUGCCACUUUCCAAAACACACCGUUAAUCCUGGCCACCAUGUCACUCGAGCGUUAUGUUGCCAUCUUUUACCCCUUGCAGUGCCCGAUCGCCUGGCGCUCAGACCGCAUCUGGAUCAUUAUUCUGUCCCUGUUGCUCAUCAGCUGCAUCUUCCCUAUCAUUGACCACUCCAUCAAGAAGCAUGAUCCAGCUGUGGACAUCCGCUCCACCCCUGUGUUUUGCCACGCUACACUUGUCAACUCAUCUGAAAUUCAGACAUUGAUUAAAGCUGCAACAAGUAUUCUCUUCUUCACAGUAGUGGCUGUUAUCAUACUCUUUACAUAUGUGAGAAUCCUGCUGGAAACCAGGAAGCUCAGACAAGACACAGAUUCUGUGAGUAAAGCCAUGCACACUGUGCUGCUGCAUGGCUUCCAGCUGCUGCUGUGCAUGUUGGCCUUCACCAGCCCCAUCACUGAGCGUGUCAUAGUGCUGUAUUUCAACUGGAGACCAGAAAAUAUCGCCUAUUUUAAUUAUUUCUGUUUCAUUCUAAUUCCACGCUUUCUCAGCCCGGUCAUCUAUGGCUUCAGAGACCAGAGUCUCAGGGGCUACAUCAGAAAACAUUUUUGUGCUGUUGUAACAAAGUGAAGUAAAACCCUGCAGGCAAACUGCAAGACAACACAUCUGAAAAUGCAAUUAAAUAAUGCUGGCUUUCUAUCAUGCUUUAAAGCUCAAACAUUUGUAUUAAAAUGAAUUCUGUGUGAUGUUAAACAAGAAAACAAUCCAACAAUGCUUAGGACUGUGCCCGAUGUAAUAUAAAUUCCUUGACUUUGCCACUUUAUAGGAGGUAUUCUGCCUCCUAGUAGCCAAAUAUGAUUUAUGCAUCUUAAAAUGUGCCCUGUUGCAACUCAAACAUUACUCAUAUUAAAUUGCAUUGUGUGUGAUUUUAAAAAGGUCUUAGAUUUAAAACAAGAAAAAUCCAAGCAACUCUUUUAGCUAAACGGAUUAAAAAGUCUUUAUCUAGACAGCUAUAUAAUGUUGAUUUUUUACUGACAGUUCAAUUUAAAAAUCAACUGAGUAACAACCCACACGUAGCCACACACAGGGCCUUCCUCCCUCUCUUUUGAACAUCAGAUUUGUCUCUUUUUUGAACUUCUGUGUCCCCAAACCACCUUCAUCACAUUCUGUUUGAACUUGAGCACUCCAUAUUUAAUCUUCAUGAAGAUCUUAAAUUUUACUUUUACUCUGCCAUUCAGAAACCCUGUAAAAUAUUUACCAUCUUCAUAUAUCAAUGUUGCAUCGCAUUAUAGACUCAUGAAACGUGUAAAAGCAAGAUUUAUCUUGAUAAUUCUUUCCCCAAAAGAUUACCACUUCAGUGCAAUUUACUUGUACAGAUUUUCACUGAGUCUGCUGCACAUUGUCCCUGUGAACUAUAUUGUAUCUUUUCAAUAUGGAGGGAGUAGCACUAGUUUCAGCACUUUUCAGAGGCUAAUUUUGAUUGUGUAUGAAGGAAAAAAAAUUAGAGUGGUCAGAGGGUUAAUUUUUCCACUGUCUUACUGUUUUGUUUUUGUAUAUGCCAGUGUAGUGAUGUGUUAACUGCUCAGUUUGUGU